GCGAUCUGAUCAAACUCAACCAUAGUUCACAAACCAAAAACCCUAGCUAUAUAUAUAAUCCUUGCAUCGCCAAAAUCCUUUACAAACCCUAGAGCAAGCUCAAGCCUUAGCUGUCGACGCCAAUCUUCGCAACUUGCCCCUCCAUUCUCAAAAAUGAAGGUCAUCGCCGCAUAUUUGCUUGCCGUGUUGGGAGGCAACACAAGCCCAUCGGCUAGUGACUUGAAGGAUAUUCUCGGAUCAGUUGGAGCUGAUGCUGAUGACGACAGGAUAGAGUUGCUAUUGUCUGAAGUCCAGGGCAAGGAUAUCACUGAGCUAAUUGCAAGCGGAAGGGAGAAGUUGGCAUCCGUGCCUUCUGGUGGUGGUGUUGCCGUUGCAGCCCCUGCUGCCGGUGGUGGUGCUGCUGCGGCCCCUGCUGCUGAGGCAAAGAAAGAAGAGAAGGUGGAAGAGAAAGAAGAGUCCGAUGAUGAUAUGGGUUUCAGCCUCUUCGAUUAAGAUCUGAGCAAUGGUUCUUUUUAAUGAAGGUUUUUUAUCUUUGGUCAUUAGGGCUUUUAUUUAAAUGUUACAAGUUGUUUUUGGUCUGUAGUUGGAUAUGGUUUUACUAUUUUAGAGCUUGUUGGAACUCUUGGAAGUUUUGUUUAGCUAAUGAAUUGAGGUCAAACAUUUCAAGUAUAAAUGUUACUUUUUAGCUUAUGUAAAAUGAUGGAAUUAUUUCGAAAGCCCGCCAAAUUUGAGAAAUUA